AUGUCAAGAGCUCAUCGUCAUUACCCAGUUGCAUCCACGUCUUAUCACCAACCACCAUCCACGCUCGCUUCGCACCGCAUCCGCACUGCCGUCGACCGCAGACAGGCUCUCGCAUCAGCGCAUCCUGACUUUUCUCAGGACAUCUACAUCCCCGAAUCGCAAGAGGAGCUCAACAGGGUCAACAUCGAAUCUCGUCUGCUUCAGCCUAGCGGUCCAUCGCACAAAUCAAACAUGCGCAGAGCAGAUCUCACUUCCGCAUCUUCCACCUUCGAUACCUACGACCGCAUUGGCCGCGAAGAUGAUCUUCCAUCCACCCGAGCAGCCGCGGCCUCAACCACCCACAGACCUUCUCGACUCACCUCUGACCGUCCCCACCACUUUGACGCAGACGAGAGCUUGAUCCCUGGCGUCGGCCGCGGCGUCCGCAGCACAAUGCCCUCGCAGACCUCGUAUCAAGAGCGCAUCCGAUCGCUCAAUCAUCACGCCGCUCAGAACAGAUUCGAGUCUUCGCCGUCAAGGAGUCCGUAUCGCCCUGGAAAGUUCUCCUCCGGCUAUGUUGCUGCGUCAUCUACGAGGCAGCCAGUAGCUUCGUCUACCAUCAGACCUUCGAUGGCUCAUGCUCGUGCUGGCGCAAUCCCCCGAGCUGCAGCGGUUGAGAGCGAGAGCGAGUCGGAUGGCGACUCUGCAACCGACUCUGGCGAGUCUGACGCCAUGAACAUCCACACGGCCACUUUCAACAGCACCGGAAAUCACCGCAAUUUUGCAGCUACACCCGCCGGCCACACCGUCACAAUGACUCAAAACCUUCGUCAACGUCCCACACUUGGACAAGAUACCCUUGACCGCAUCGAUUUUGAUAUCCACACCGAUACUGAUGGCGAGCAUCGUCCCUCCUCCAGAAUUGCAGCCAGCACACGUGGCGGAGCAGCUCAGCACCAGCAGCCGCGUCCUGAUCCCACAGGUCCCUUUGCUUCACCACGCGCCACCAACACCUUUGGCAUGAAAGCGGCCGACUAUCAACAGCACCUAGCGUCACGCACCCUUACCUCUCCCGCCUUGCGUACGCUUAUUGGCGACCGUUCCAAGAGCCCCGAUAGCCCAACGCCGGCACCCUCGAUCGACGGUAGGCUUCACGCUGGCAAGACGACGGCAAAGCCUCAGCAACCUCGAGCCGCGCGCCAAUCCUCCAUCUCCGCCAUCAGCGCUUUUGAGGAUCUGGCACGUCGAUUGCAGAAGGAUGUGGAGCUCACGCAGAGAAACGGAGACGCCAGAGGGGAGGAAGUGGAUGAUGGAAGUGCCUCCAACUCGGGUGGCAGCGGCUUUGGUCCCGGCAGCCAAGCUUCGAGCGCACGCACGCGCGUAGACAACGACGCUGCGCCAAACGCAGGCAAGGCGUUCCAAGCGGCGCAGUUCAACUCGUCCGGUUAUCCAGCACACCAGAAGACUGUGGCUGGUAACGAUCUCACUUCGCCUUGGGGUGUGCGCCUGCCCGACGUGACAGGUCUCACCUCUGCCCUGGGUUCUCCCGUCAAGGCACGCGAUGCUGUCAAGCACCGACCCUUCGACGGUGCAGUAGGCAACCAAGAGGCCCGCCUGGAAGAGCUCGUCAAUCUUCGCUGCUUUGUUGAUGGUAUCCAGGUCGAGCUCGACCGUGCAGGUGAACGGAUCCUCAAUCUGGAGCAGGCUCAAGAGCAGCAGAGUCACGAGUUCCAAGGGCUGCGAUCCGAAAUGCAAAGUGCGCUCAAGGACGUGCGCUCUCAACAGCCAGCGUCAGACGAGCAUCUGAUGCAGCUCAUCUUGGAAAAACUGCAAGGAUCGGACAAGCAGCCACCGCAGACUCAGAAGCGCAACCAGUCGGCACCGGCGACUUCCGAACCACAGACACAACGAGAGCCACCACAGCCGGUCCAGGACACACGCGCCACUCAGCAAGCAGAGAGUCGCAGUCAGGUCGAAGUCGUCAACCGCCUGUACGCAGAGCUCGACAAGCUGCGCAUGACGAUGGAGCAGCAGUACCGCAACGCAGCAGGCUACAGCCGCGAAGGGGCGGAGGUUCAAGUGGAUGGCGAUGCAAGACCGCACCACGCAGCCUACAAGCACCGGGACAACUUCCCCUCCGGUCGAGACCCAUGGGACGCCAUUGAGGCGUUGCGGCUGCAGGUGCUGAGCCUGGCGGACGAAGUCGAAGGCCUCAACGGUCUUGUCCUAGACCACUUCGUUCAACCUCCUACUGUCAGUCGGAAGAGGAGCACCCGCUCCAACGCCGCUCGUCACCGCUUCGAACGCGACGAGCGUUACUAUGAAGACGCGCACCCUGCCUCUGACCCAGUCUACUCAGCCCGCGGCGCCUCCGCUCGAUCCUCGACUCCGGCCUACCGCGAGCGAGACGACAUCCGCACCGACCCUAUCGACGACCACAUUGACGACUACUACCACCGUCGGGUCUCGUUCCAUCGUCAGCGAUCCAGUCCGUCCCGCCCGACCUUCGGAGACGACGAGUACGACCGUACCAUCGACGCAGUCUCUGAGAACCUGCGCGUGCAACGCGAACGUCAACGACGACGACACGAAUCUCAGUCGGCCGAACCGGCCGAGCUGGACGACUACGAGAUCUCGCAGCUGGCCGACACGCGCGCUGCUCUCGCCUCCGCUCGCGCCAGCCCGCCUCGCAACACGCACGAUCCUCAGCUGUGCACCGUCUGCGCCUCCUCCCUCCGAUCCGACAAGCGCAAAGCUUCCCGCCGCGCACGGCUCCUCGCUGCUGAGCAGCGGCGCGAGCUGGUCGAUGUGGAAGAGUCCAUCCUGCUUGGCCAGUCGGGCCCGGUGAACGAGGAGCAGAGGGCGACGCUCCGCGUGAUUCUGCAGGAGCACUGGGAUGAGUUUUUGCACCAACGCAUGCUCUACUCGGAACUGGCGGAUGAGCUCAAGACGAUGGAACCGGGCAUGAGCAAGGCCAAGAGACGCAUUCUGGCGCAGCACGUGCUCGAGGCGGUGGAGCUGCUCGAGUUGAAGGCGGACAGGAUCGAGAGGUUGCAGAAGCUUAUCGGGUCGGAGAGGUCGGAGAGGACGGAGGCGGAGAAGGUGAGGAAGGAGGCUGGGUCGAGACAGGCGAGCAAGGGAGAGGGGAACAGAUUGAAGCAUGCCAUGGAGUCGUUUGAAAGGACGAGUCGGUCCAGCCGUGCAGGUGGGAGGAAUAGCCCGCCGACGACGAUGCAACUGUAA